AUAGUUAAUUCAACACUCUCCUUCUCUGAACAAUCUCUCACCAACAAAAUCCAAAAAAAUUAAAUCUCCUUCCUUUCUUCUCUCUCAGAUACCCAAGGCUUCCAAUCCCCCAUCUUCUUCUUCUUCUUGAAUUCUUCUUCAAGCUCUUGCUCUGCUAACCCUUCUCAUUUCCGAUCACUCUCUUUUUCCAUCACUUAGAAAGAGGUCUCAUUUUUAGUGCCUUUUCUUCCAACAUUUCAGUUCCAAUUUUCCGGGAAGGUUUACCCCUUUUGUUUCUUACUUAUCAUGGAAACAAUGCAAGAAAAUUACCUCCCUUUCGAGUUCACCGACCUCGACAUCCGGUCAUCUCUCUCCAACCUCAUCCUCACCGGCGGCACAAACACCUUGGACUCCAUCUUCUCCCAUUUCCCACAAACCCCCACCGCCCACGUCUCGGAGCCUCUCGGCUCCUCCGUCUACCUCCGCCAGCGUGACCUCCUCCAGAAGUUCAGCGACCAAACCCGCCUAAACGGCGCCGUUUCCCGCCUUCCGGCCAACCCAGUUCAGCUCCCAAGUUGCUCCUCUACGACGUACCUCGCCCCAACAACCAAGAAGAAGCUUUACAGAGGAGUGAGGCAGAGGCAUUGGGGCAAAUGGGUCGCCGAGAUCAGACUCCCCCAGAACAGAAUGAGAGUCUGGCUCGGCACCUACGACACCGCCGAGGCCGCCGCCUACGCCUACGACCGCGCCGCCUACAAGCUACGCGGCGAGUACGCGCGUCUGAACUUCCCCAACCUCAAGGACCCCACCAAGCUUGACGGCUCCAAGCUCAACGCCGUCAGAGCCUCCGUCGACGCCAAGAUUCAGGCCAUUUGUCAGAAGGUCAAAAAGGCCAAGAAGAAGAAUAAGAGUAGUUCGGUUAAGACAGAGAAACCGACCAUAGUGGAUUCCUCGACGACAUCUUCCUCGACCUCGUCGCAUUUGACUUGCUAUGAUGGUUUGGGACAGGAGCUGCUGUCUUCGGCUACAGGGUCGGAAGAUGGGGUGUGGAGGUGUGAGAAUUCAUCUACGCCGUCGGUUUCGAACGACGGUCCGAUGAGCGUGGCGGUGGCGGAGAUGGAGAUGAUGGAGGACUUGGAUUCACUUGCAAGAAUGCCUUCAUUUGACCCAGAGUUGAUCUGGGAAGUCCUUGCUAAUUAGAAACCAGGCUUAAUUAGUAUUUUUAAGUUUCUUAAUCUGGGGGAUUAGAGUAAUGGUACUGGUGCUAAGUGUAAAUGGUACUAGCACAAGAUGAGCUAUGGUUCCUUUGUUUUCUAAUAACCAAGGAAUUGAUGUGGUUUUAUUAUGUUUUGGGUCCCCUGUAAUUUUCUGCCCUCGUUUUUGUACCAGGGCACUUGCCGGUAACAGUUCUGAGUCGGAUUCCCUUGUCCGUAUCAGUUCUGAGUUGUCCUUAUCAGUUCUGAGCCGACUGUUACAAAUCAUCUGAGUUAUUAAUAAUAAUUACUUCAAUUUAGUGUUCUUGCCGCAAGAGUAAAUAGUCCUUGUACAACCUGAUAAAUAAGAGCAAUACAGAAUUUACUUACAGAUUUGUAGGAUUAUGAUGGUGAAGAGAGCAACGUAGGGAAAGCAGCUGAGGCUUAUCUUGUACUGGAAUGAAGAUGAUGGUUGUCGUCCUUGUGUGCAUAUAUUGGAAAGGAGAAUCAGAAAACCAUGUGAGCGGUUAUGUCUCUUCAGAUGAGCUGCUUAGUCACACCUUGAUGAACGACUAGACAGAGGGGGCAGUUCC